AUUACUAAACCCCUACAACUAUUGUGCAAGAUGAAAGGGGGAUUGUAACCAUAAAUGACUCUUUGAUUAAUGUUAUCAUUAUGGCCAGGACUAUUUCUGACAAAGAGAUCAACAACAACAAAUUAAGAGAUCUGUAUAGACAGAGAUCCUUUAUCCAGAUUCUACAACCGUACUCAAUCUCAAUCCCCCUUUUUUUUAUCGGGAAUUCUCCUGUCCCUAAAUGAUAAUAGUGUUUAUGUUUAUAGUGAUAAUUUUGCAUUGGACCAUUUAGUUGUAUUAGGUUAUUCACCGUCUUUGUUCCCAGGUAAGUAAAUGAGCGCAUCUCACUAUCAGGAAACUGCUAGGCUUUGAGGGGAAGAUGUCGAGAAUUACAGAUCGAGAGGAAGUACCACACUACAUAACAGAAUAUGUGACUGAUGCGAUGUGAGAGGGACUGUGAAAGAACAAGGAAGACUUCAGCAAAGGUCAAAUGGAGCAGGCCUUUCUUUUGGUUUUACACGUAGUCUUAUGGCCAACUCUUGCAGCCAUGUUCACAGUGGAGGUGGACAGUCUCUCACAUGUGGCAGAGUUCCACGGUGAUGUCACCAUGGGCUGCAGGUUCCGACCUGGGGGCCGGGACCCGAACCUGUCAGUGAUAUGGCAACGGGUCUGGCCUCUUCCAGUUGUAGACGUGUACAAGCUGGAGAACGGACGGGAGGACCUUACUUCUCAGGAUCUCCAGUACCACGGCAGGGCAUGGUUGGUGUCGGAGGAGCUGACCAACGGCUGGGCCAAGCUACAUGUGUCCAGGCUGAGGAUCAACGACUCUGGGAUUUACCAAUGUCUUGUGGAAAUGGGGGGAGCUGACUACAAACAGACCACUUUGACUGUCAGAGCUACCUAUAAGAGUAUCAUUAAAAGCAUGAAGAGACGUGGGGGAGAUGAGGUGGAGCUGGCCUGUGAGUCUGAGGGCUAUCCUCUUGCCACUAUCAACUGGAGAGACAGGAGUCUCAGGAACAUCAAAUCCAACGACAUUGCUGUUGAAACUCCAGACCAGCUUUUCCAUGUCACCAGCAAGAUAACGGUCAAAUACUCUGAGAAAAACAACUAUACAUGUGCCUUUAUGGAGAAAGGUGAAGUUCCAAAGGGUCCAUCAGCCAGGUUUGACAUCCCAGAUGAAAUACCUGUGAUUGAGAGUAAACCUAACACCCUUUCAAUUGCAUUGGGCACAACAUUGAUGGUGGCUAUGAUCAUUGCAGUUACCAUCUUCGUGUAUCGCAGACAUAAAGGGAGGCCCAGGGUUUCCAGGACCCCCCAAGUACUAACACCCUCCUGGGCUCAGCAGAGACGUGUCCUCUGACCUGGACCCCUUUCGGCAGCGCCAACUGGUCCUGGUGAUAGACUGUCUGUGACUGUCACUGAGAUGGAGACUGUAAACUCUUGCCAGGAGAGGACUGAAAACACAAAAGGCUCAUGCACACAAGGACACUCACAUUGACUCUGUCAACAAAAAGUUUAAUCAUGCUACAUUUUCUGUUAACUAAAUGUGAUGCAUCCAGUUGGCGUUUCCACUCACUACCAAAUAUGGUAAUGAGAGGGAGCCCAGUGGCCGGCAGUGGGAGAAGAUGGAAUGAGAUGGAUUUUGGCCGACAUUCUGCUAAUUUUCUCAUUAAUAAAACAUUUGAUCUCCAGACAGUUUGCUGUUUCCAAAACCAUAAUCUGUAACAAACAGAGUGGACUGCGUUUAGUAGACUUUACCCUUUGCCAAAGUUUCAAAAAAUGGCG